AUGACCUCAGAAGCUGUGUCCACGAACUCUUCUCAAAGCGGAACUGUCAUUGACCCAGUGCGGCUGUACGCAGACUAUGACUUUGAUACAGACCCACUCUAUCAGGAAGGUCUAUCCAGUAUUCUCAGUGGCAUCGAGUCCGCUGAGGACCCAGUAUCCGAUGAUGAGAAGGCAGAUAUUCUGAGGCGCUCGAGAAUAUUCUACUUCGCUAGGCUCACAGGGCAUAUGAUCUCCGCGGAGGACGCUGCGCGAAUUGACGGAUCUCGCACAAACGCUCAUCCGACGAACUCCUCGUUAUCUGCAGUAGCUGCCGACGCACCACCGCCUAUGGUUGGGGAAGGAACACGCAUCCUCUCCUUCGACGAGCUAAGAGAGCUCAUUCUACACGGAAAGACGGAUCAGAUCCCCAACAACAAAGACAUACCAGACAAACUCAGCGAUGCUCCUCCAAGCGAGUCCAUGGUGGCACCCCCUAAGAAACCUUGGGAAUAA